AUCAAUUGGUCCCCUUAAAGUCAUCAACUUCUUACGAUUAUUCUACUGUUUAAUUAUAUAACUUCUGAUUGUAUAUCACAAACAGUAGCUACAUCUCAGCAAGAAAGAAUGAUGGCAAGUUCUUUGAUCAUCAUGUUUUCAUUGGUGAUCAUCAUCAUCCUUUGGUAUGGUAUGAGAGCCUUUUAUUCACUUUGGUGGAAACCAAAAAAACUAGAGAAGCAAUUGAAGCAACAGGGAAUUAAAGGAUCUUCUUACAAAUUUUAUUAUGGAGACAUGAAAGAGUUCUUGCAGGCGACCAUGGAAGCGUUAUCCAAACCCAUGAAUCUAAAUCACCAUAUAGCGCCACGUGCCGUCCCGUUUACUUGGAAGACUGUACAAACCUAUGGGAAGUUAUCAUUUAAUUGGAAUGGAACUACACCAAGGCUGAUCAUAGUGGAUCCGGAGAUGAUGAAGGAUGUAAUGACUGAGAAGAACGGGCACAUUCAGAAACCACCUAUGGAUAGCUAUAACCCUCUUAUUUGGGACUUACCAAAGGGAAUCACAAGCCAGGAAGGAGAGAAAUGGUUCAAACAUAGAAGAAUUAUCAAUCCUGCUUUUCACUCCGAGAAAUUGAAGGGUAUGAUGCCCGCAUUUACGACAAGUUGUAGUGAGUUGAUCGCGCGUUGGAAGAAAUUGGCUGAUCCUACUACAGGUUCCUGUGAAUUGGAUAUAUGGCCUGAGAUGGAGACGCUAACUUCUGAUAUAAUUUCACGAACAGCAUUCGGAAGCAACUAUGAGGAAGGAAAGAGACUCUUUGAGCUUCAGAAUGAGCAAAUCUCACUAGUCAUUGAAGCUAUUCGAAGUAUAUACAUCCCAGGUUUCAGAUUCAUACCCACAAAGAAGAACCUGAGGAGAAAGCAAGUAGUCAAGGAAAUUAAUGGCAUAUUAAGAGGAUUCAUCAGAAAAAGAGAAGAACUGAUGAAAACCGAUCCGUCAAGCAGCAAUGACUUGCUAGGUUUGCUACUGCAAUCUAACAACACGGAAAGCAGUAAUAGGUUGACAAUUGAAGAAGUUAUAGAGGAGUGCAAGGUGUUCUACAUUGCUGGACAAGAAACAACUAGGUCGUUACUCACAUUUACCAUGAUCGUCUUAGCUAUGCACCCGAAUUGGCAAGAAAAGGCAAGAGAAGAAAUUGAGCAAAUUUGUGGGGAAAGUGUGCCUGAUUUCAAUGCAAUAAAUCGUCUCAAAAUUGUGGAAAUGGUAUUCUAUGAAGUCUUGAGGUUGUAUCCACCAGGACCCGAAUUACAUCGAUAUACUAGCAAGAAAACAAAACUAGGAAAUCUUUCCAUACCAGCAGGGGUCAUUCUUACAGUACCACUUAUUCUAGCGCACCAUGAUCCUGAAUAUUGGGGUGAUGAUUCAGAGGAAUUCAAGCCAGAAAGAUUUGCUGAAGGAGUUUUAAACGCACCCAAAGAUAAACUCGCGUACUUUCCUUUCUCAAGGGGUCCUAAGGUCUGUAUAGGCCAAAGCUUUGCUCUGAUUGAAGCUAAAAUGGCUUUGACUAUGAUCCUGCAGCACUUCUCUUUCCAGCUCUCGCCUUCAUAUACUCAUGCUCCUUGUGUGGUUAUGAAUCUUGCACCGCAACAUGGAGCUCAAAUCAUACUACACAAACUUUAAGCUACAGAUAAUGUGAUGAUGCUGCACCUGAAAUAUGAGUUUGUAAUAAUACUUUAGAUGUAUUUUGCAAGUUUUUUAUGGGAAUUCUCUUUGGUAAACUAAAUUGGCAAAA